CUUCCCUCUGAAUAACCGGUUUUCAGGUGCACACAUUUUUCAGUUGCAUGUCAUUAGGGAUCAUAUCUAAACAGGUUAAUUAAUUUACUGCGUUUAAAGUCAGUAAACCGUGUGCUUGGCCUUUGGAUGGCUGUGAGGGAGCAUGACGUCCCCCGGUCUCUAAGUGCAGUAUGACGUCAGCGCUGGGGGCCCCAUGGAGAAGUUAAAAGGGCUGUAGUUCCCGUCUCCACUAAGGGACCCCCACCACUGAGCCGUCGCCUCCUCCGAGCUCUGCUUUCCAGAAUGCAGUUCCAGCGUACCACCUGCACUCUCGGCCUCCUGGGGCCCCUCCUGCUCCUGGCCCUGUGCUUCUGCGGCUCUGCCAGCCAGCCAGACUUGCAGCCCCGGGACUUCUUCCCCGAAGCCCAGACCGCCGAGAGGGGUCCACAGGACUGGAGCAGACAGCUCAUCGGGGAACUCCUGCGGCCAGCACGGUUCGGUGAAUCCAUGCAUCUGGACGCGCGGCGGUCGGCCAGCAACUCCAGCACCCCGGGCAGCCGUCAGAGAAAGCCCGGAUGCAGGAAUAUCUACUGGAAAGGCCCCACGGCUUGCUGAUCCCCCUGUGCUACUGGCUCCUAAUAAAACCCUUUCGUCUCUCCUUCUCGAAAGCAUGUUGAGAUCUCCCUCCCCGUUAUCACACGGCGCUAUGGUGGUCUCUGUACAAACCAAGGCAAAGAGAUGACGAUUGUAGAAUCACUUCUCCAUAAAGUUUAUUCUGGUUAAUUAGGGAUUUCUUGCUUACCUUUCGGUCUAAUUAUGAAACAUUUAGAGAUUGUUCUAUUCUGUACAUUUUGUUUGUA